UUGAAUUCUCCGUCAGUUUGAGAAUAUUAUUUGCUCAGUUGAGUCCAAUUAUUUUUUAUACUGUCAGUUCAGAGUGUUUUAGAAGGAAAAAAUGCGGUUAUUUCUCUUAAAUAUAUCAUUCUUAUGGCUAUGCUGUUAUGGAGAACUUAGUGUGAUGGCAGAUGUUGUAGUAGAUAUUUUAAUUGACGGUUACAAAGUCUUAAUACUGGAUCAAAUAAACGAUACCUCAGACCCACAAAGGAUAAUGAAUGUGGAUAAGCAGAGCGAAACCAAAGUCAUUAUUAACCAAAAACCGUCCAAUACAACAUUUAAACCGAACGAAUUAAUUUUCGAAGAGCUUUUCGAGACAUCAACAUUAACGAAUUGGACUUACGAUAAGUUUAUACAUUCAAAUGCCAUUGGAGAUCAGUCGGGGGAUUUUACAGCGUUGUCUGAUGAUAAUCAAAAUUUAUAUGUUUCUAAUGGGAAACUGUUUAUAACACCAACAAUAUCGAGGAAUGGACUUGGUAGUAGAUUUGUAGUCUCUGGUUGUAGAAGGCCUGCUUGCUAUGAAGACAAUGAUUUUACUUGCAAAUAUGAAAAAAGUAAUAAAAGGGCAUACGAAUAUCCCGCACCAGUAAACUCGGCGAGAAUCAGCACAAAUGGGACAUUCAGUUUCACAUAUGGACGUAUUGAAAUCAAUGCAACACUGCCUAACGGUGAUUGGCUAUUCCCCUAUAUUAUGCUUAUGCCCGACAAACUCAAUUGUACUAUGCGCAAGCAACUCCGUAUAGCUUUUGCCACGUCAGUAGACCUUGAAAAUAAUCAUUUACGUGGUGGCCCUGUAAUAUUACAAGCACGAGAGAAUACACAAUCCGCAAAACUAUAUUUUACUCGUUUAAGUCACAUGGCCCUCAAUAUGAAUUUCAAUGUAGAUGGCUUUCACAACUUCACCAUGGUAUGGACUUCAAAAGGAAUGAGUUGGUAUGUCGAUGGACAACUGUACGGUUGGUUGUUAAACAACGGGGAUUAUGCAGAACCUUAUCAUAUCGUUUUGGGCGUUGGAGCUGGAGGAGAUCUUGAAUUUGAGGAUACGACAUCCAAACCAUGGCAAAAUGGAGAUAUUCACGCAUUUACUUUAUUCCAUCGAAGUUUUACAGGUUGCUGCGCACGUCAGAGUUACAGAAAGUCAUGCGUUGAGAAUAAAAAAGAAAGAAUGUGCAGCAUUGCGUGGGGACCGCGGGCAACCAUGGUUGUGAAAUCCGUACGAGUUUAUGCAAUAUAAUAUAAUACCAAGAAAAUAUGAUAUUAUAUUUUGCGCAAAAAGUGAAAUAAAAGAUAAUUUCAAUUA